ACAUUUAUUACCCCAAUGUAUCAAAGGCAGCUACACCUCCCCAUCUCUCUGUGUACAAUCAACUCUAUAAAAAGCCAAACAUUGCUGUGGUUGUUCGGGGUUCUCAUCCAGUCUAAGGUGGGUCUAAGUGGAUUUGUGAGAAGUGAUUUCAAAAUGACCAGGCUCACAAUUCUAGCAGGGUUAUGUCUUGCGAUAUGUCAACUGGGAUCCGCCACCCAGAUGGUAUGCUACUUUACCAACUGGUCACAGUACAGACCUGGUCAGGGGAAGUACAUGCCACAUAAUGUGGACCCCUUCCUGUGCACCACCCUGAUCUAUGCCUUCUCCAUCAUCAACCAUGCCAACGAGCUGGUUACCUAUGAGUGGAAUGAUGACGUCCUCUACAAGUCUUUCAAUGGACUGAAAACGAAAAAUCCUCAUCUGAAGACUCUUCUGGCUGUUGGCGGAUGGAACUUUGGUUCUACACAGUUCUCCAUCAUGGUGUCCACUCCAGCCAACCGCCAGAAGUUCAUCCAGUCUUCUAUCAAAUUCCUGAGGACUCAUGGCUUUGAUGGUCUGGAUCUGGACUGGGAGUACCCUGGAUCUCGUGGAAGUCCUCCAAAGGACAAAAAACUGUUCACUCUGCUCUGCAGGGAGCUCAGGGCUGGCUUCGCUGCUGAGGCCAAGGCCACCGGCAACACUCAGCUCAUGUUGACUGCUGCAGUGUCGGCUGGGAAGGGAACCAUCGAUGCUGGAUUCGAGAUUGCUGAAAUUGCCAAGGAGCUGGAAUUCAUCAAUGUGAUGACAUACGACUUCCAUGGAACUUGGGAGACGUUCACUGGACACAACAGCCCACUGUUCCGCGGAUCUAAGGACACUGGUAACCUCAUCUACUUCAACACCGACUUUGCCAUGAAGUACUGGAGAGACAACGGCGCCCCAGUGGAGAAGCUGAGGAUGGGCUUCGCUACCUAUGGUCGUACCUUCCGUCUGACAUCAUCAGACACUGGUGUUGGAGCUCCAGCUAGUGGCGCUGCAUCAGCCGGACCAUACACACGUGAAGCUGGAUUCUGGUCCUACUAUGAGAUCUGUGGCUUCGUGAAGGGCACAACCCUUAAAUGGAUUGAAGACCAGAAAGUUCCCUAUGCCCACAAGAACAACGAGUGGGUGGGAUUCGACACCAGGGAGAGCUACGAGACCAAGGUGCGUUACCUGCAGGAUAACAAGUUUGGCGGUGCCUUUGUGUGGGCCCUUGAUUUGGAUGACUUUGCAGGACAGUUCUGCGGAGAGGGCGUCCACCCUCUGCUGUCUCAUCUUCGAAAACUUCUUAAUAUUGAACUGCCCCCACUGCCCUCUACCACCACUGCCAAACCUGGUGCUAGCACUACCUCCACGACCACCACCACGACCACCACCACCCAUCCCCCAGGACCUGGCUUCUGCAACGGCAAACCUGACGGCCUGUACCCCCACCCAGAGGACAGCGCCAGCUUCUACAAUUGCGCUGGUGGCAUCACCCACCUGAGUCGAUGCGGAACCGGAUCUGUCUUCAAUCAAAGCUGCAAGUGCUGCGACUGGCCCUGAGCCCCCAGUGGAGGCAGUGUGCAUUACAACAGAUGACAACUAACAGACAGAACGUUCUCUUGUAUCCACCGUGUGUACAAUCAUUCAGUGUACGAGUCCAUCCUCAGUGUUGUAUUGGUACAUUGCAUAUUCUUUUUAAAUAUGUAAAACAUAAUGCAGAUUACAAACAGAAGCAUCAAGAUCUUUGGUACAAAUUGUGCUGACUCGUCAUUUCAACAUACAUUACAUAUUCAUUUUGGAUGUAUUACUUUGCUACAUUUAUUUUCUAUAUAUCUAACAAUGAAGAAAAGCAUCUAGACUGAAGAGUUUAGUUUAAUCUUAACAACAACAGCUGUUCAGGAACCUUGUACAAAUAAAACAUCUAAUUAACCAAGAUUGAGUACCCAUGUGACCCACAAUGUAAUACUGUUGUGUCCCCGCUUCAUCCACAAAGUAAAGUGAGCCAAUUUCACAACAAUGAACUUGAAAAUGAUGACCUUAUAUCUGCUUUAUCUGAAUUAUAUUUGGCAUUAUCCGAGCUCUUACAUAAUGCUCUUAUUUGAGCUUUUGUUGUUUUCUGAGUCAGACCAGAUGUGAGGAAUCAGAGCACCAGAUGCAGUUGAGACUGCAGACAUGAUUAUUAUUCUGACACUGAUGGGAUGCUUUGGGUCAGUCAGGGAUAAAGCGAGGUUAAAAUAGAGGGAGGGAACCUUUCACACUCAUUCACAGUAUAUGAAAGCAAAUUUACAUAUUUUGAUCAGUUAACCCACCAGAGCCCAACGAAAACAAAUAAAAAAACUUCACUGUC